GCGCGCGUGCGCACUCCGGCGGGAGGCCGACGUCGGAACGCCGGGGCCCGGGCGCGCCUUCCCGGUGGCUCAGGCAUGGCCGGCGCGGGCCGGGCGGCGAGCGUGCUGGCGCUGCUGCUGGUGUCCGCGCUGCUGGGAGUCCUCGGAGAGCGUCCGAUCCCCGACCUGGGCGCUCACCCAGGUACCAGCGACGGUUGCUGGAGGGAGGCUGGGCCGCCGGGGAGAGGCGUCCCCGCCGCUGACGGGUGGCCUUCCUCCACAGAGCGCCGCUCCCAGGGCCGUCCCGGGGCCGCCGAACCUCGGCCGCCGCCCCGGGACCAGCGCGAGCGGGCCGGGCCUGGAUCGCUGCCUGUGGGUGCGCUGUACACCGCGGCCGUCGUGGCUUUCGUGCUGUACAAGUGUUUGCAGGGCCCAGAUGAGGCGGCCACUCUCCAAGAGGAAAAAAACAAGAAGAAAUCCUUGCAGUCAGAACAACAGCUGGUGCAGCUGACACAGCAGCUGGCCCAGACGGAACAGCACCUGAACAAUCUGAUGACCCAGCUGGAUCCCCUUUUUGAGCGGGUGACCACGCUGGUUGGAGCCCAGCGGGCACUCCUAAACACGAAGCUAAAGACCAUCCACCAGCUUCUACAAGACUGCAAGCCUGGCCCAGGGGUGGAAUUUCCAGAACCAGAGGCCAGCAUACCCUCUCCUGAGGACCAAGAAGCUGGAAACAGUCAGGCUUGGGCGGAGCCCAUAAACUGGAUCCCAGAGACCUGGAACCUAGCUCCCUCGUGGGAGGUGGAGCAGGGGCUGCGGAGAAGGUGGCACAAGGCUGUGGCAAAGGCCCAGCAGCAAGGGGAACAGCCACUGAAGAUUUAGUAAAACAAAGCUUGUACUGGG